AUUCAUUCGCUUUCCGGCUGUCUCUGAGUUCGCAACGAGGACGCGCUUCGAUGUCAGUGUCCGCCGUGCAUUGAGCAACGUUCCAUCUAUAUCAGGGGAUAUAUGUACAUAUAUCCGGGGUCUAGGGGGUGCUCAAAAUAGUCAUUCGGGUCGUGUGUGUGUGCUGAAAUAUUUAGUGCUUAAGUGGACGUGCAAUAGAUUUGAAAAAGUAAUUGAUUUUUUCAAUUGGAAACCAAUCUAGUCGAAAGGAUAAUUGGAUAUAUUUUGGGUGUGUCUGUGAGAUAAAAAUAAAGAGAAAGGGAGAUAGAGAGAGAAUCAAAAGUCAAGAAGGACACUUGUCAGCCAUUUGUACACCCACUCCAGAGGAGCGGCACGUGCUGGUCACGCGUCGGCAAUCAGGCACGAAAUCGGAGGCGGAAGUGUUAGCUUAACCGUUAUGCACUUGUCGGCCAAUUAGUGUGCAACAUACAUACACAUAAGCAGAUUCCGUAGCAUACGCAGGCAACAUGUUUUCCAUGGACAACUUUGACCUGGAGGCCACCAUGGCGCGGCACUUCUUUGAGGGAUCGCAGGCCACCAAUGCCUCCAACUCCAGUUCCGAGUACUUCUUUGGGGACGAGCACAGCUCGGAGAGCGAUGACGAGGACGAUGCCUACAGCAGUGGCUUCAACAGCGACCAGGAGAACACCGAGAAGACACGGCGCAGCCACAAGCCGCGUCGCUUGAAGUGCGCCUCCCAGAUGGCCCAGCAGCGGCAGGCGGCCAAUCUCCGGGAGCGACGCAGGAUGCAGAGCAUCAAUGAGGCAUUCGAGGGUCUGAGGACCCAUAUUCCAACGCUUCCAUAUGAGAAGCGACUGAGUAAGGUCGAUACACUCAAGCUGGCCAUCAGCUAUAUAACAUUCCUCAGCGAAAUGGUGAAGAAGGAUAAAAAUGGCAACGAACCGGGACUGAGCUUGCAGCGCAAUUACCAGAAGGAACCGCCCAAGAAAAUCAUCCUCAAGGAUCGCACAGGCGGUGUGGCGCAUUCCUUGUCCUGGUAUCGCAAGGGCGACCGUUAUCCGGGCAGCAAGCUCUAUGCCCGCACCUGGACACCAGAGGAUCCACGCGGCCCCAUCGCACAGAUCCAGCCGCUGUACAACAACUCCAACUCGAAUCAAAAUCAAAAUAGUAAUCAAAGCAGUGAUGAUUUCAAUGGCAGUGCCGGCUCCGCCGAUAUGUCUGAUCCUGGUGUCGGCGCCAGCAUCUUCGGCAGCGGCAAUGGCAUGUGAGGAGGGGAAGGCGCAGCACUCAGUCCUCGUGCAGGGAGUGAUCCUACCAGAGAUCCUACAUCCAACUAGUCAAGCUUUGCUAGUCAUUGCAUCUACAAUAUAACAAUAUUAAUCAAUUUAAUAAUUAUAUGAGAAAAAAACAUGUUCUGUGGUAUUUAAUUGCUCUAAGUUCGCUAAUAUCUAAAUGUUAUAUACUUAGUGGUUUAGUUUAAAUC